AUGCACGUAUUCGUUGAUGCAAGCGAAAGUGCGAUGUCAGCGGUUGUGUUCUUGAGACUCGUAGAAGGAGAUCAAGUUGAGUGCUCGCUGAUCGCUGGGAAAACUCGCGUCGCACCGUUGAAGUACACCUCCAUCCCACGGCUGGAACUACAAGCUGCAGUUCUUGGUUGUAGAUUGGCGAAAAGCGUUACCGAGAACCUGACGAUGAACAUCUCAACGUGUACGUAUUGGACUGCCUCCCAAAACGUCCUAUGUUGGUUAAGAGCCGACCAUAAGCGGUACAGCGCGUUCGUCGGAUCGAGGAUCAGCGAAAUUCAAGAGUCGACAGAUGUCCGAGAAUGGAGAUGGGUUCCGACUCGAUCCAACGUUGCUGAUGAUGCGACCAGGUGGCGAGACCGACCCGAUUUGUCAGCGGAUAGCAGGUGGUUUAAAGGUCCUGAGUUCCUGAUGCAAGCAGAAGAAGACUGGCCUACACUUCCGCUGAAAUCGCUUUCGACGGAUGAAGAGAUAAGACCCAGCGUAUUGCUCCACUUCAAAGUUCCUGAACCGGCAAUCGAUGUAGGAAGAUAUUCAAGUUGGCGACGAUUACUAGCGGUGACGGGCUAUGUUCUUCGAUUUUGCUCAAAUCUUCAGCGCAGACGUAGCAAGGAGUCAAUCACCAUUGGACCGUUGACCAGCGAAAAACUGCGGGGAGCGGAAGAAUACCAUUACCGGCAAGCGCAACGAGAUGUGUAUCCGGACGAAGUCGCAGCAUUGGAAACAAAAGAAGAUACAAUCAAGCGUAUUUCAAAGGCGAGCCCACUCUAUAAGUUAAGCCCAUUCGGUGACGAUUUUGGCGUAAACAGGAUGAAGGGCAGAACUACAGUGUGUGCGUAUCUGCACAGUGACGCAAAGAAUCCGGUUAUUCUACCACCAAAACACCCAGUAACAACACUAGUCUUGAUACAUUACCACGAGAAGUACCUGCACCGUAACUACGAAAUUGCAGUUAACGAAGUUCGCCAGAAGUACAGCAUCUUUCGCCUAAGACAAGCCCUCGCUGCGAUCCGUAGAAACUAUGUGGAUACUGCUGCACUACGGCGAGGUCAUCCUACCUCCCAAUGGUUGGCAAAUCUGUUUUGGAAGCGUUGGGUUAGGGAUUACCUUUCCGACAUUACACGGCGUACAAAAUGGCACGAGAAGGCGAAACCUCUUCAAGUGGGUGACGUAGUAGUCAUUGUGGACCAAGAGCACCCCAGAAACUGUUGGCCCAAGGGACGAGUCAUCGGAGUGACCAGCAGUGGAGGACAAACUCGUAAGGCCACCGUACAAACCGUUGGUGGGAUCUACGAGUGA